AUGCCUGAGAGCAAGAUUCCUCAACCGGGCCCGGCCAAGCUCAAGCGCAAUGCCGGCCCUGACGAGUGGCUGGAGGCAGCGAAGGAUUGCAAGUAUCUAUCGGAGCCACAUAUGAAGCAGCUAUGCGAAAUCGUCAAGGAAUAUAUGAUGGAGGAAUCAAAUAUCCAACCGGUAUCGACACCUGUCACAGUCUGUGGUGACAUCCACGGCCAAUUCUACGAUCUCUUGGAACUCUUUCGAGUUUCUGGGGGUAUGCCUGAUGGUACAGAACUGGAUCCCCCGAAGACAUCCCCCUCCGUGAUUACCUCCGCCGAUAUCGAACCCCCCUCAAGCAUUUCAGACCCUAAAAUUCGCAAGAAGCUUCGUGGUCCUACCGUGAAAUCCAAUGACGAGGAUGGAGAUUCGAGUUCCCGAAGCCGAUCGUCCAGCAAUACAUCAGCAGAUCUCCAGCUUAACCGGAACUUUGUAUUUCUGGGUGACUACGUGGACCGUGGAUACUUCAGUCUAGAGACGUUAACGCUUUUGCUCUGUCUCAAAGCAAAAUACCCCGAUCGAGUCACAUUGGUUCGUGGUAAUCACGAGUCGCGCCAAAUCACUCAGGUAUACGGCUUCUACGAAGAAUGCUUCCAAAAAUAUGGCAGUGCUUCAGUAUGGAAGGCAUGUUGCCAGGUGUUUGAUUUCAUGACAUUAGGAGCCAUUAUUGAUGGCAAGGUGUUGUGUGUUCAUGGCGGUCUGAGCCCUGAGAUUCGCACGUUGGACCAAGUGCGCGUGGUAGCCCGCGCACAGGAGAUUCCCCACGAAGGUGCCUUCUGUGAUCUCGUGUGGUCUGACCCAGACGAUGUGGAGACAUGGGCUGUUAGUCCUCGAGGAGCAGGAUGGUUAUUCGGAGACAGAGUGGCGGAUGAGUUCUGCCAUGUCAAUGAUCUCUCGUUGAUUGCACGCGCUCAUCAGCUGGUCAAUGAGGGCUACAAAUACCACUUUAACAACCAAAAUGUCGUCACCGUGUGGAGUGCGCCAAAUUACUGCUACCGAUGCGGGAACCUGGCUUCGGUCUGUGAAAUUGGAGAUGAUCUCAAGCCCUCCUUCAAGCUAUUUAGUGCAGUCAGCGAUGACCAGCGACAUGUUCCAACUUCACGGCCAGGGCGCAGCGAGUACUUUUUUCUGUACACAUUUGAACGAAUGGAGCAAGUCGAUGUUCUUAUUUGCGGCAGUGGGUCUGCCGGUCUUUGCGCUGCCACCUGGCUCGCCAAAUAUGGGGUGCGAUGCAAGGUACUAGAACGGCGGAGUGGUCCCAUGAAGAUGGGUCAAGCCGACGGUGUACAAUGUCGCACAGUGGAGAUUUUUGAAAGCUUUGGAAUUGGGGAAGAGCUUCUUCGUGAGGCUUACCACGUUCUAGAGGUCAACUUUUGGGCCGACAAUGGCACAGGCACCAUCCAGCGGACAGGGCGGACGGCGGAUACCCAACCAGGUCUAUCACACCAACCUCAUGUUAUUCUGAACCAGGCACGUAUCAACGGACUCCUCAUCGAGCUGAUGCAGAAAUAUAACGGUCAACAAAUUGACUAUGGCUACAAUGUGACCGAUGUCAAAGUUGACAGCAUCACUACCGAGGAUCACAAUGCCUAUCCGGUCAAAGUCACUGCAGAAAAGGACGGAAAGAUACAAAUUUUUGCAGCAAAAUAUGCACUAGCCUGUGAUGGGGCACACAGCAUUGUCCGCAAAGCCCUCGGGUACAAAAUGAUUGGAGAUAGCAGCGACGCCGUCUGGGGUGUUAUGGAUAUGGUGCCCAGAACAAAUUUCCCCGACAUUCGCAAGAAGUCUACUAUUCGCUCAAAAUCCGGAAAUGUGUUGAUUAUUCCCCGCGAAGGCGAUAGUGACAACCUGACAAGGUUCUAUAUUGAACUUGCCCCAGGAACCAAUCCGAAGGAGGUGACUCUUGAGAAUCUGCAGGCCCAAGCGCAGAGCAUCUUCCACCCUUAUAAGGUAGACUUUGUGGAAACAAUCUGGUGGUCGGCAUAUGCUAUCGGCCAGCGUCACGCCGAUUUCUUCCACAAGGAUAACCGCGUCUUCCUCGCUGGGGAUGCUUGCCACACCCAUUCCCCCAAAGCCGGCCAGGGUAUGAAUGUCAGCUUACAAGACGGGUACAACAUUGGCUGGAAGCUUGGGGAGAUUUUGACUGGUCUCGCCAGUCCCUCACUUCUGGAGACCUACGUCCUAGAACGUCAAAAGGUGGCCAUUGACCUGAUCAAGUUUGACCGUUAUUUCUCCAACUUGUUUUCUUCGGGGGCCUCAACUUCUCCUGCCGAGUUCCAAGAAGGCUUCAUCAAGUCUGGCAAAUAUACCGCAGGCUUAACAGCCAAGUAUGAGGUCUCACCCAUCACCUCUGCAUUGGAAUCGGCCAACCUCGCCUCUAAUGUGGUCGUUGGUAUGCGGCUUCCCAGUGCACAGGUUGUGAGAUUCUGUGACUCUAAGCCUCUACAUCUCAUGAAGUCUCUCAAAUCUGAUGGUCGGUGGCGUAUCAUGGCCUUCAUUGGUGACCUGACUGUACCAGAAAGUCACGCAAAGCUCAACGAGCUGGGAGAAUACUUGAGCGCGGCCGACGGGCCCAUCCACACAUUUACCCCCAAGGAUCAAGACAUCGACAGCCUCAUCGAGAUCAUCUUGAUCGGACAUGGAAAGCGUCACGGCAUCGAGUUAGAGCAGAUCCCUGAGUGCUUUUAUCCAGUGUCUGGAAGAAAUCAAACGAGAGAUCUACACAAGAUUUAUUACGACGACGAGAGUUACAAUGAUGGACACGGCCAUGCAUACGAACAUCUCGGCAUUGACCCGGCACAAGGUGCUCUUAUCAUUGUUCGGCCAGAUCAAUAUGUGUCUGCCAUUAUAGAUCCAAGCGAUUAUCUUGAAAUCGACAAGUUUUUCGCUGGGUUCCUCAAACACCAAACGUAUGUUUGCCAUGAGAAGGGAAAGACAUGA